AUGGCCCUUCUCGUUGACAAACUGCGACCGAAGACGCUUGAUGCGCUCACAUACCACCCCGAGCUCUCGGAUCGUCUCCGAUCCUUGGCCCAAAGCGGCGACUUCCCCCAUUUGCUAGUAUACGGACCAUCAGGUGCAGGCAAGAAGACACGCAUUAUCGCAACACUAAAAGAACUCUACGGCCCUGGAGUGGAAAAGAUCAAGAUCGACGCCCGAGUAUUCCAGACAACCAGCAACCGCAAGCUAGAAUUCAACAUCGUUUCCUCCGUUUACCAUCUCGAGAUCACACCCGCCGAUGUCGGGAACUAUGACCGUGUCGUUAUUCAAGAACUGCUCAAAGAGGUUGCACAAACGCAGCAGGUGGAUCUUGCGGCGAAACAGCGGUUCAAGGUCGUAGUGAUCAACGAAGCUGAUCACCUUACUCGUGAUGCCCAGGCAGCUCUGCGUCGCACUAUGGAGAAAUACAGCCCGAACUUGCGCUUGAUUCUCUUGGCUAACAGCACUUCCAAUAUCAUUGCACCCAUUCGUUCCCGUUGCCUGCUGGUCAGAGUUGCGGCGCCUACGGAACAGGAUAUUUGCUCAGUGCUUCGUAUUGCUGCGAAGAGGGAGGGCUGGACAGAGGCCGAUGGAUUGAACAAGCGGAUUGCGCGAGAUAGCGGGCGGAAUCUCCGCCGUGCGUUGCUGAUGUUCGAAUCUAUUUAUGCACAGAAUGAGAAAGUCACAGACAAUAGUCCUAUUCCUCCUCCCGACUGGGAGGCGCUUAUCUCUGUUAUUGCGGAUGAGAUUCUUGCAGAACGUUCUCCAGCCCGGCUGUUGCAAGUUCGUGCCCGUCUCUACGAUCUCUUGACUCAUUGCAUUCCCCCGUCAACGGUUCUCAAGACCUUGACUUUCAAGCUUGUUGCAAAGGUAGAUGAUGCGCUCAAAGCCGAUGUGAUUAAGUGGUCUGCAUUCUAUGAGCACCGGAUCAGACUGGGAAGCAAAGUGAUUUUCCACCUCGAAGCCUUCGUCGCCAAGUUCAUGCGCAUCUACGAGAGUUAUUUGAUGGGUAUGGAUUUCUAG